AUGGGGUCUGUUCCCAGAAUGCCAGGGGCAGGGCGGCUGGGGGCAGGGCCGGCCGUUGGACAAACAGAUCAAAGGCUGCUGGUCGUCCUGGGCCUGCUGUGGGGCUCGGCAGCCGCCACGUCCUCGGGCCCGCAGUGGCCCAAGCCCGUGUUCGGGCGCCUGGCAUCUCCUGGCUUCCCAGGCAAGUAUGCCAACAACCAGAAGCAGCGCUGGGCCCUGACGGCGCCCCCCGGCUACCGCCUGCGCCUCUACUUCACUCACUUCCACCUGGAGCCCUCCUACCUCUGCGAGUACGACUUCGUCAAGCUGAGCGCCGGGACCACGGUGCUGGCCACGCUGUGCGGGUCGGAGAGCACGGACACGGAGCGGGCGCCCGGCAACGACACCUUCUACUCGCCGGGCUCCAGCCUCGACGUCACCUUCCGCUCCGACUACUCCAACGAGAAGCCGUUCGCGGGCUUCGAGGCCUUCUACUCAGCAGAGGACAUCGACGAGUGCCAGGUGCCCCCAGGAGAGGCCCCCCCCUGCGAGCACCACUGCCACAAUCACCUGGGUGGCUUCUACUGCUCCUGCCGUAUGGGCUACGUUCUCCACGGGAACAAGCACACUUGCUCAGCCCUGUGCUCAGGCCAGGUCUUCACCGCCCGGUCUGGGGUGCUCAGCAGCCCUGGAUACCCUCAGCCGUACCCCAAACUCUCCAGCUGCACCUACAGCAUCCGCCUGGAGGAGGGGUUCCGUGUCACCCUGGACUUCGUGGAGUCCUUUGACGUGGAGUCGCACCCUGAGACCCAGUGCCCCUACGACUCCCUGAAGAUUCAAACAGACAAGGAGGAAUAUGGCCCAUUUUGUGGGAAGACGUUGCCCCACAGGAUUGAAACCAAGAGCAACACAGUGACCAUCACCUUUGCCACCGAUCAGUCGGGGGACCACACGGGCUGGAAGAUCCACUACAACAGCACAGCUCAGCCCUGCCCUGACCCGACGGCACCACCUAACGGCCACAUCUCCCCUGUGCAGGCCAAAUACAUCCUGAAAGACCACUUCUUUGUCUUUUGCGAGUCGGGCUACGAACUUCUGCAAGGUUACUGGCCCCUGAAAUCAUUUGUUGCAGUCUGUCAGACAGAUGGAUCUUGGGACAAACCGAUGCCGCAGUGCAGCAUUGUUGACUGUGGCCCUCCUGAUGAUCUGCCCAGUGGCCAAGUGGACUAUAUCACGGGUACUGAGGUGACCAUAUACAAAGCUGUGGUUAAAUAUCGCUGUAAUGAGUUCUACACAAUGAGAACAAAUGAUGGUAAAUAUGUGUGUGAGGCUGAUGGAUUCUGGACCAGCUCCAAAGGAGAAAAAUCACUCCCCAUCUGUGAGCCUGUUUGUGGAAUAUCCACCCGUACCACAGAAGGUCGUAUAUAUGGAGGACAAAAUGCAAAGCUUGGUGAUUUUCCUUGGCAAACCCUGUUAUUAGGUAAAACUACAGCAGCAGGUGCACUUCUAUAUGACAACUGGAUCCUAACAGCUGCUCAUGCUGUAUAUGAGCAAAGAGAAGACGCCUCCUCCUUAGACAUUAGAAUGGGUGCCCUGAAGAGACUGUCACCUCAUUAUACACAAGCCUGGGCCGAGGCCAUUUUUAUACAUGAACGUUACACUCAUAAUGCUGGUUACGAUAAUGACAUAGCAUUGAUUAAAUUGAAGAACAAAGUUGUAUUAAAUAGCAACAUCAUGCCUAUUUGUUUGCCGAGAAAAGAAGCUGAAUCCUUCAUGAGAACCAAUGAUAUUGGAACUGCAUCUGGAUGGGGAUUAACCCAAAGGGGUUUUCUUGCCAGAAAUCUUAUGUUUGUUGACAUACCAGUUGUUGACCAUCAAAACUGUACUGCGGCAUAUGAAAAGAAGUCCUAUCCGGGGGGAAGGGUAACUGACAACAUGCUUUGUGCUGGUUUAGAAAGUGGGGGCAAGGACAGCUGUAAAGGCGAUAGUGGGGGGGCAUUAGUGUUUCUACAUAAUGAGACACAGAAAUGGUUUGUGGGAGGAAUAGUGUCCUGGGGUUCCAUUAAUUGUGGGGAAGCAGAUCAGUAUGGGGUCUACACAAAAGUCAUUAACUAUAUUCCCUGGAUCAAGAACAUAAUUAAUAAUUUUUAACUUGUGUGUCUU